ACUAUCCCUUUAAAAUUGAAAGGGUUGUGGGACGAUGAAUAGAAAAAAAAUCAGAAGAUAUAAGUUUGAAAUUGAGAUAGAAAACAAGACUGCAUCAUAAUAAAGCUACAGAAACGUUUCACAUCCAAUUUGCUCCUCUCCUUCUACGGUAAUCGCUUGCCAAUUACUUCCUCCCCUAUCAACCCACCUCCGUUAGCCGACGCGGCUCUACAUUUGGUAGUCCUUACCUUACCAACUCGUGCGAGCCCUAUUAUAUAUCUUGUGUUCUCGUCUGGAUGCAUACAAAAGGAAAGCGAGGCGAUAGGUAUAGAAGGAAGUGAAAGAUCGUGGAGGGAGAGAACCAACCUUCUCUCGCGCAGGGUGCGUUUAUCCGCCCAAUAGCAUCUCGCGGAGGAGACUUUUCAUCCCUCACUCGUCCGUACCACCGACCAAUAGCAGAAGCCCGUGGCAACCGUUUUCGAACGGGAAUACGCGGGGAACGAGGAUGGCGCCUCCACCCCCAAAAUGGCUGCGAAAUCGCGCGGGCAUUAGGCUACCCGUUCAAAAUAAACGGGCGGAUUAAUUCGAAGGGGUGGCAGGGCUUGGAAAAGAUAUAGUUGGGGAGACGAUGAAUGUUGUACUGUAGUACUACCCCUCACCCUCAUAUCCAAACUUCAUCGAGUAAGCCUCCGCCUCCUACAACGACUCGCCUUCACCCGCAACGUGGGUUACGACGACGAAGACGACAAGAAUGUCUAGGACGAUGACGACAGUGGAACGUCGGCCAGAUACAUCCGGUCAUCCCCGUGCUCGCGGUCGACGCAGAACGAUGUCGAGCGUCUGUAUAAUAGCAUGAAAGUUCUUGGCUCCUUAGAUUAAUCGGUGAUAACGCAAUAUACGUGAAAUAAAUCAUUCAUCUUACACUCGAGUUAGUGAUAUUGUUUAGUUUUUAUAACUGGUUUGCGUCGAUUUAUCAGUGGCAAUGAUGCAAGAACACAAGUCUUUUUUGAUAAGAGAUCUUUUGGGCGACGUUCUAGCGGAUCGAGUUAAAGAAGAAUCCGAAGAUGAUUCGGCCGUUCAUUCGGAUUCCGAAGAUACGAUUGACCCUGGCAGUAGUCCUUGCACUCGACUAGGAAGUCCACCACCUGUUCUAUCGCCUCCACCAGGCCCGGCUAUGUCCGGUAAAUCUUGCGGAACUCCUAGUGGUCCACCGAGUGGAAGAAAACCACGAAGAAGACGAACAGCAUUUACACAUGCCCAACUUGCUUACCUGGAAAGAAAAUUUCGUUGUCAAAAAUAUUUAAGUGUAGCGGAUCGUAGUGACGUAGCGGAUGCAUUGUCUCUGUCAGAAACUCAAGUGAAGACUUGGUAUCAAAAUAGAAGAACGAAAUGGAAGAGACAGAAUCAAUUACGACUUGAACAACUUCGUCAUCAAGCAACAGUAGAAAAAGAACUCCUUGUAAGAGGCGUGGGUCUUCAUCAUGGUAGCAUAGAUGCCUAUUGCCCAUCUUACAAUGCACAAACACAAGUGACGAACCAUGCACCUCCACCACCACCUCCGCCAGCUCCAUCCACAGCAUCCACGGCAGCGUUCCUUUCGACGGCUGCUGCACUCUUUCGAAAUGUCACAUACGUACACGGCUGUCCACUCUAACGCGUGCGAUAUCAUGAUUUAAAUAUCAUUCCAAUUUAUCAAAUAGCUCCUGCCUAACUCAAACAAUCCUACGAGCAACAGAUAAAUUUUGUGUGGAAGUAAAAACGGCGAGUCAAAAUGAUUCCACUCGAUGUUUUCUUUUGUUAUCAUUUAUUGCUGCAACAAACAGAGUGAUAUGACUUUAGUUAUAAAUUUUUAAUCGAUUAUAUUUUUAUUAACAUGUUCCAAAAAUUCUAUUCUUUAUUUCACA